AUGACAGCAAGCCCAAUAUACGUCAAUCUACCGUUCAUUUCCGACGACCCCGAGAUGGUCGAGCGUCCACCAGACACCGGGAACGGCUCUUCGGGAGGUUCGCUUGACCCCACCGUGGAGAUCCAACCCAUCACCUACACCAGCGGGCAAUACCACACGCUCGAGGAUGCGCGCAAGGCCGUCAAUUCUCUGACUAGGACCCUAGGCUUCGAGGUCAACUUCUCGAGUGUCAAGGAUGGCAAGUACUGCAACCUCGUGUGUCAUCGGCAUGGUGCGAAUGGCGCGUAUGGUGCAAAAGGAACCAAGCGACCGCGCAGCACAAAAGCGACCGGCUGCCCAUUCAAAGUCAACUGCAAGUUGCGGAAUGGUAUGUGGCAUGCCAAACUGUCGAACAAUACCCACAACCACGGACCACAGGACCCAAGUGAGCUGCCUCAGCUGCGGCGAGAACGCCUCGAAGAACUCAAGGACGAGAUCCACGAACGCCUCAUUGUGCAAGGCGACCCGCCGGCCGACGUGCGCAGAUGGUUGCGCGAGAAGGGUAUCACACUCUCGGAUUCUGCGUUUGGCAAGGCGAUCGCAGACGCCCGCAAGGCCGCGCUCGAUAUGCCCGACGCCGUUGGUGAACCCAUGAUCGCCUUCACGCCGUCUACGCCAGGUGGAAACCUCCACACAUUGUACAUUCCAGUCGCAGUCGCGCGCGCCCUUGCGGAAGAGUAUGGGUCCGAAGUUGCUGUGACCGACGACCGGCGGUUCAAGCCGUACAACAAGCCACGCGGCGCACAGAAGUGCGGGUACUGCAAGAAGCCUGGACAUCGGAUUAACCAGUGCGACGAGUACGAGCAGAAGCAUGGCCACCCAUACCAGGCGCCGGUAAAAGUCAAGCGGGUGGCGUCGUCCUCGUCCCCGGGUCCCGGUACACUGACGCCUGGAUCGGAAUCUGCAGCGUCGGUCACUGCCAAACCACCACUACCGGCUGAUGUAGCCCCUGUGCGUUCGGCACCUCCAUCCUCUCCUCCAGCGGCCGUGACUGCGACCGCACCACCGGCUGAGCAUGUGCUCAUGACCGGACAAGACCCCGGCUUCCACCCUGGCCUCGGCACAGACGUCACCUUUCUCGAGCAAACAUUCCUCGAGAUGCCGCGAGCGCAGGCGCAAGCGUACUUAAACAUGCCGCAGGACCAAACGCACCUCAACGGCCACUUCAGCGCUCAAUGA